AUGAAUAUGAACGCAGAUCUUACAACGGAAUUUAAAGCUUUACUCCUAAAUGCUUUACAAUCUCGUGAAAAAUCCGAGCAGGAUUUAUUUCAAUCUUCAGAGAUAGCAUUUUCUGGAAUUUUCGAUUCUCCAGCCAAACGAUUUAAAAGUGAUAAAAGUGUUGAAAAAAAGGAUGAUUUCGAAUUAGUACUAGAAACUUCAGACGAAAUAACUAAACUUGUUCAGGAGUUUUUCAAAGCUUCAUUGGCAGUCGGAAAUACGAGAGAUCUUAUAAGUUAUAUUAUAUCAUUAUUCACUAUAUCUCCGACAUGGGAGCGUAUAACUCUUAUAUUAUCGAUAUUUAAAGGUUUAAUAACUGACACACCGACAACAUUUGGACUGCUAUUAGCUCUCGGUGGUGAUAUUUCACAACCAUCUUCUACCCUUCAACCCGUUAUGCAUAUAACAAUUUCACAAAUUUUCAAAGAUAUUUCAGGCCUUAUUAAUAUUUCAUGUCCUGAAUCAUGGAUGGGCGUUCUUUCAUUUAUGCAUAUUACUUUACAAAAAAAUCCUAGAGCUAUGAUGGAAAUUCAACCAGAUUUGGCUACUUACAUUAUUAAAAUUAUUUUGGUACAAAUUAACGAACUUCAAUCAUCUCUUGAUAAACAAAAGUAUAAAUGCGUUGAAAAAGGGCGCCAGAUAAUUGAAACCUUUUUGAUCGGCAAAGAUUGUGGAGGUGCUGGUUGUGUUUCGCAUUUUCAGGUCAUUGAACAGCUGCAUGAUGUGUACGGAAAUCCUGUUCUUGGGCAUUUUAUUAAUGUUCACUGGUCCAUGGAGGAAUUUGUGAAUGAGUUAUGUCAACGUCGCAAACGUCUUGCACUUUUGAUGAUUCCACCUGAAGAAGGGCAUGCCACAAAAUUUUCUUCACGCUUUCGUGAUAUUUUGUAUCAACGCGCAUCCUUUGAAGAAUUCAAGAAUAUGAUUAAAUCUAUAAAACCAGCUACUCAAGCAACAGAGCAUAUGCGUACUGCCUUUUUUGAUAAACUUAACUUCAUUCUUGCGAUAGAUCAACAUUCAAGUGAAGACAUAAUUAUUCCUGAAAAUCUUAAUUUUUGGGAACUUAUUAUUGAACUUGGGGAUCAAUUAUAUAGUUUAGUCGCAGCAGAUUAUUUAAAAUACGAAGAAGUUCUCUCAAAAUUUUAUUACAUGGUUCAUCCCAAACGUGGAGAACAUCAUAACAUGGUCCCUAAAGAUAAUACUCUGAUCUGGUUAUUGGUUUCACUUUUUUACUUGGAUAAAAUUGGAAAUAUGAUUUCUGAAGACUUGAAAUCUGAUGAAAGGUUGCUCAACACGCUUAUACAAUUAUACAAUGAUCAACAGAUUAGAUCUAAAGAUUCUUUUUUUUUACGAGAUCUGGCGCUACAAUGCGCGUUAAAUUCCAAACAAGGAGAUAUACGUGAUAUAUCUAAUCUCAGACAUAGACAUCCUCAACUUGCUUCAUUACCUUAUAAUUCUUUAUUCCAUCACCUUAAAAAAGAUUUUGAAAAAUAUAAAGGUUUAGAUUUAUAA